AUGCCCCGGCCGCCGGUACGCCCCGAAGACCGAAAAAGGUCCACCAGGGCCUGCACGGCGUGCCGAGCGACCAAGAAGCGAUGCGACGCAGCCCAGCCAUGUCGACCAUGCGUCAAACGCGGGAUAGGCUCGUCCUGCACCUAUCCUCAACAUGUCAGGGCUCGUCGCGCACCGCCGAAUCAAUCUUCGGCCGCUUCAGGAACUCGGCAGCGUGAUCAGGUGUCCCCCUUACUCUAUCAACGGCAAGAAUCAUCUUUGCAAGAUGAGAACGAGACCGCAGCCUCGUCAACGUCCGGCAAGACGGUUACGCCGCCUGGUCCGCGCCCGGUGAUGAUGUACACCUGUAGUGGAGAAAAAGUAUUCGUCGGAAAUGCCUCAGCCAUUGCGUUCUUACAAUACCUGCGAGGAAGCUUGCGUAUCCUUGGUCCAGGGUUCACGAUUAGUCAGGGAUGUCACCGCAUGUUCGAGGCACAAGUUCCUGUGCAGCAGACCGAUGACUUCUCAGAUGACAUUGAAAACGUUGAGAGAAAAACCCUGGUUCAGCGCUACCUUGACGCCUCUAGUGGACUCCUUGAUUUGUUCGAUGAAUCAGAUAUCGAAGAACUUAUCAUUCUGGCCCAGGAACCGUGUACGGAGUCUCAAAGGUCCAACUCUACUUUCAAUUCAGGGAGGCUUCUGUGCCUCUACAUGAUGGUUGCGAUUGGUGCCCAAUGUCGUGGUCAGAUAGGAGAUGCACCCAAAGCCUUUCGUUACUUCUCAGAAGCACGCAAGCUGUCGUUCGAAGGAAUGUUGAGCGAUCCCACACUGAACACCGCUCGCGGCUUUGUGUUAAUGGCCUUCUAUAUGUUUGGCGCUUGUCGUCGCAACUCUGCGUUUAUGUACCUUGGGGUUGCCACAAAGGCGGCGUCGGUCAUGGGCUUGCACAUGGCAGAGCAGUUUCAGUCUCUUUCGGAGAGCGAGCGAAGUCUGAGGAUCGUCGACACUCUAACCGAAGAAUCUGAGUUGGGCAUGAUCAGAGCACAACAAUUCCUCGAUGAAAUUAGACAUUGGAGUAAGGACCUGCCAACAGGUUUGCGCCAACGUCCAAAGAGAGGAACCGCCCACUCUCAUCAUUCUCAAAACCGAGAGAUAGCUAUUGGAAAUAUCCACGUCGCAUGUACCUACUACUUUGGCAUUAUCCUGACAACUCGCGAGUUUUUAAUCCACCAUAUCAUGCCGCGAAUCAACAAAGACACGUCACUCAUGGACGACCACGAUGAUGAAGGAGGGGGAGAAGAUGAGAAGAGUGUUGCUGAACUAUCUGAUGCCUGUGUGGAUGCUGCUGUGUUCAUGGCCGAGAUGUGUGCUGACGCUCUGGACUCGCGCACAAUCAUGGGCAACAUGUGCAUACUGAAGGCUUGGUUAUUUGCCGCCGGUCUUGUCCUUGGCUUCUCACUACUCGCCCCUGGCGUACCCCAAAACCGUGGAAAGUCUUUCCAUAGCGCGCUACGUGUUCUGGACUUUCUGGGUCAUUUGAGUCCCCAAGCAGCACAAUAUCACCGGCUUCUCACAAGUUUUUCACAAGCCAUCGACUCCUUCAAGACCAAUUCGCCGGUCGAGCAACACCAUGCGGGUGCCCCAUACGUUGAAAGACUUUUAUCAUUCAAUUUAGCGGAGAGUCCUGAGACCCAUAGACAGGGAGAGACGUCGCAGCUGCGCGAAAGCAUCGAGCAUGGCAGAAUUCAAGAACGAUCUGAAAGAGCAGGUGAUGCUAUUGUAGACUUAGGUGAUCGGCAAGACCUUUUGUCUUUUGACCCAACCGCAUCUGGCGGGGAAGACUUGAUGCUGAGUCUUCUUUGGGACGAUGGCGAUGUUGCCUUUGGAGAGUCAAGUGCUUUCGAUAUGUCAAUGGGAUACGGCUAA